CUGGAUUGGAAUGAUGUGGCGGCCGGAAUAAACUCAUUUAUAAACUCAUCUAUAUUUGAAGUUGAUCUGAUCCCAGCUUCAAAUUCCCACGAAACCCAGUAGGGAAGGCAAACCAGGAAACACAAUUGCAUGUUUUCCAUGAUAGUAUCUUCCACGCCUUGAAAUUGUGUUGAAAGCUUCUCAGGUUAUUCAUAUAGAUAGUCCUUGGACACGUACUCUUCUACAAGUAGGAAAGUAGGUUUCAUCGGAAAUGAGCAUACAAAGAACCUCUACAUCUUUGCUCCCUUUAACUCGUCAGUGGAAAUAUGAUGUUUUUCUGAGCUUUAAAGGCAAUGACACUCGCAAGGCUUUUACAGACCACUUAUACACAGCAUUGAAACAUCAAGGAGUCAUAACUUUUAGGGAUGAUCCUGAACUUCAAAAAGGGAAAGCUAUUUCUCCAGAACUUUUUGCUGCAAUUGAAGAAUCGAGAUUUGCUCUCAUUGUUCUCUCACAAAAUUAUGCAUCGUCAACAUGGUGCUUGGAUGAACUUGUGAGAAUUCUUGAAUGCAUGAAAGCAAGAAAAACUGUGCUGCCAAUUUUCUAUGAUGUUGAUCCCUCUGUUGUACGAAAGCAAGCAGGGAGUUUUAGAGAAGUCUUUGCUAAUCAUGAAGAAAGGUUUAGGGAUGACAAAGAGAAAGUGAGAAGGUGGAGAUAUGCUUUAACCGAAGUGGCAAGUUUCUCAGGGUGGAAUUCAAAGGAAUGGUACGAAUCAAAGCUGAUAAGAGAUAUUAUUGAAGUUAUAUGGACAAAAUUGCAACCUACAUCAUUCAGUUAUGCAGAAAAUCUAGUUGGAAUUUACUCAAGAUUGCAGCCAGUCAAUUUGCUUUUAGAUGUAGGGGUGGAUGACGUCCGCUUCAUUGGUAUAUGGGGAAUGGGCGGGAUUGGUAAGACUACUAUGGUAAGAGCAGUGUAUGAGAGAAUCUCUCGUGAAUUUGAAUUUAGUUUCCUUCUUACUGAUGUUAGAAACUUUGUUGAAAAAAGUGGUCUACUUAAUUUACAAAAGCAACUUCUCUCUGGGAUUUGGACAAAGAAGGCCAACAUAUCAGACCUCCAUGAAGGAGCCAUGAUUAUAAGGAGGUUGUUUGGUGACAAAAAAGUUCUUCUCAUUCUUGAUGAUGUGAACCAUUCAAGUCAUUUAGAAUAUUUGGCAGGAAACCCAGAGUGGUUUGGUUCAGGGAGUAGAGUUCUUAUCACAACUAGAAAUGAGCAUUUGUUGAUUGGACAUGGAGUGGAGAGAAGAUUGAAGGUUGAAGAAUUAAAUGAUGCUGAUUCUCUUCAGGUUUUUAGCCGGAAAGCAUUCAAAAGAGUUUACCCUGAAGGAGAUUUUCUUGGUUUGUCAGAAUAUGUUAUAAGUUAUGCAAAAGGUGUUCCUUUAGCUCUUGAAGUACUGGGUUCUUUUUUGCAUGGAAGAGAUCUAAGUGAAUGGAAAAGUGCACUGAGAAAACUGGGAAGAGUUUGUAACUUGGAAAUUUUUGACAUACUUAAAAUAAGUUACAACGAUCUAGAUUCUGAAGAGAAGAAAAUAUUCCUAGACAUUGCAUGUUUCUUUAAUGGACAGGACAAAGAUCGAGUAACAGAAAUACUAAAUAGUUGCGGUUUUUCUGCAAUUAUUGGAAUCAAAGUUCUCAUGGAAAGAUCCCUCCUAACUCUUUCAGAUGGAAGACUAUGGAUGCAUGAUUUGCUCAGAGAAAUGGGCCACGAAAUUGUCCGCCUGGAAUCUCCUACUAAGCAGGGCAGGUGCAGUAGGUUGUGGCUUCUUGAAGAUGUCAAACAUGUCUUGACCAAAAAUACUGGAACUGAAGCAAUAGAAGGCAUAUUUGUGGACUCAGCCGAAUCAGGAAUGGAGGUGGACGUGGCUCCAAAAUCAUUUUCAAUGAUGAACAAAUUGAGAUACCUGAAGAUUAAGAAUGGGAACCUGCCUAAGGGGCUUGAAUAUCUUCCCAAUAGUUUACGGAUUCUUGAUUGGAUGAGGUAUCCGUCAAAAUAUCUGCCAUCACAUUUCAACCCUCAGAAGCUGCUCGAACUUAGCUUGUGUCAUAGUUGUAUUAAACAUGUUCAGAUAGGAACUGAGCCUUUAUACAAUUUGAAAACCAUUAAUCUGAGUCACUCUCUGAAUCUUGUCAACACCCCAAACUUUGAAGGUAUGCCACAUCUCAAGUUUCUGUUUCUUGCGGGUUGUAUAAGAUUGUAUGAGGUUGACCGGACAAUUGAAGUGCUUGAAAGACUUACUGUGCUGAACUUGAAAGAUUGCAAGAAUCUUGUGCUUUUUGCAAGCAGUGUGGGUGGCUUAAAAUCUCUCAAAGUUCUUAAUCUUUCUGGUUGCUCAAAGCUUAAAAAACUACCGAAUGACAUGGGUCAUUUAGAAAGUUUGGAGGAGCUUCAUGUGAACGGCACCGCCAUAAGAGAACUACCUUCCUCUAUUGGAAUGCUCGAAAGACUUCCUCUGCUGAAAAUGAAAGAUUGCAGAGAUCUUGUGUCUCUUCCAAUUAGUGUCCGUGGCUUAAAAUCUCUCAAAGUUGUUAAUAUUUCUGGUUGCUCAAAGCUUGACACGUUGCCAGAGGAUUUGGGCCACAUAGAGUGUUUGGUAGAGGUUGAUGUGAGUGGAACUUCUAUACAAGAACUACCUUGCUCUAUUGGGAUGCUUGAAAGACUUGUUUCUAUGUCCUUGAGAGAUUGCAAACAUCUUGUGUGUCUUCCAAGCAGUGUGGGUGGCUUAAAAUCUCUCAAAGAUCUCAAUCUUUCUGGUUGCUCAAAGCUUGACAAAUUGCCGGAUGAGUUGGGUCAUGUUGCAUGUUUGGAGAAGCUUGAUGUGAGUGGAAGUGGCAUGAGAGAACUCCCCUCCUCUAUUGGUCUUUUGAAGAACCUUAAACACUUAUCUCUUGCUAGAUGUAAAGCGCAGGCCCCUAAAUCAUGGAAUAUGAUGUUCAACCCCUUUCAGUUAUUGCGAAAAAGAAGUCACAUUCCGGCAGGAUUGUCGUUGCCUUGUUUAUCUGGUUUGCAUUCAUUAACCGAACUGGAUCUAAGUGACUGCAAUCUUUCUCAAGAAGCAAUGCCUAGUGAUUUUGGAUGCUUGUCUUCAUUAAGAGAAUUAAAUCUCAGCAGAAAUCAAUUCAUUAGACUACCCGAGAGCAUCGGCCAACUCUCUAGACUUGAAGUACUUGAGUUGAAUUUGUGCGGCAAACUUCAGACAUUACCAGAGUUUCUCCAAGAGAACAAUGUAUGGGUAGAGGCUAGCAACUGCAUUUCAUUAGAUACAUUGGCCAAUCAAAGAGAGCAUUGCAAUUCGGUACUAGAAGGAUAUUUUGUCAACUGUUUCAAAAUGGUGGAGAAUGAAAGCUGUCAGAGGAUAGCAAUUUCAUUGCUAACACGCUUCCUGAAGUUUCAACAUUCUAUACAUGAUAGAUUUGACUUUAUUGCUCCUGGAAAUGAAAUACCAGAGUGGUACAAUAACCAAAGUGAGGGGUCUGUGAUAACUGUAGAGCUGCAUCCAGGUUGGUUUAGUAACAAGUUUAUGGGAUUUGCCUUUUGUGUCAUUUUUAGACUCCUCAAACCACUCCCACCUGGGGUUGAGAUUGACAUUAGUUUGGAACCAAGGGCCAAUGGACAAUACUUUGGUUCAUCCCCUGUUCUAUUGUUUAAUAAAAAGUGGGGUCAACCUGUGUCAGAUCACAUUUGGUUCUUCUAUGUGGGGUCAACCUGGGGUAGAGUCACUGAAGAAUGGCAGGACAUCUACUAUCAACUUGUAUUCUCAUUUGAAUCUUACGGAAUCGAUAAGGAAAUUUUGCAAGUGAAGAAGUGUGGGGUCCGUAUGGUAUAUGAGGAAGAUGCAAAGGAACUUUGGGAAACAUUGUUGAAGCAGAGCAAUGUUAGCAUUAAUACCAAGCGAGGCCUUCAACACUAUGAUGGUGAUGAUGCAUCAUCUGGUAGUACAAGUCAGGCUCAUCCAAAAAGAAUGAAACAACUCCACCUUGAUGGUGCAGGACCCAGUCGAACCCCUUAUAUUCAUGACCAGAAACAUGGUUAAUGGUUUUUUUUUUUGUUAUGAUUUUUUUUGGUUAUAAAGAAUGGAAACCUGAUUGUAAAUUCAUGGUUUAUGCCUGCUGGUGGCUCGAUGAAGCUAGU